AGCAGACAACUAAUAGCGAGACAAAUGCCACAAUAAAUGCCAUCACUGAUUUUCGUUUACCCCAAUACGGUUUCGCAGAACCAAGGAUUUGGUUUGCGGUAAUUGAACCGUUGCUAGAAGCACGGGGCAUUAAGUCCCAAAUAGCCAAAUAUGGUAUGGUGCUGGCAGAACUCCCUCCGUCAGUAUUGACAGAAAUCAGCGAUUUCAUCGAAGAUCCUCCGACGGAACAUCAAUUUGAUAAACUUAAAGCCCUCCUCAUACAACGUACCAGUCUGUCGGAUGAGAAAAGAAUCCAACAAUUGCUCACAGGCUGUGAUCUAGGCCCACGUAAACCAUCCCAGCUGCUCAGGCACAUGCGCCAGUUAAUCGGAAAUCAUAAAGUAGACGAGGUAGUGCUGAAACAGAUGUGGUUGCAACGUUUACCUAGAAAUGUCCAGCAAAUUUUAAUCAUCUCAGGAAAGUCGUAUGACUUAGACCAACUAAGUGACAUGGCAGAUAGUAUUUUGGAUGUUUUAUCCGAUAACACCAUAAGUCACGUAGCAUCUGAUAGUGCCACACCGUGUCAUUCCACACCCACGGCAGACACACCGAUACUCGCCGCCAUUGCAGACUUAGCGGCAAGGAUUGACAAGUUGGAAACUAAUAAGUCUGAUCGACAAGUCCGGAGACGGAGCUCACAGAGAAGGUCACCAUCACGACGACGAUCCUUCUCACGACAGCGUUCUUACACGUCUUCUCGGGAUAGCAAUAUAUGCUGGUAUCACUGGAAGUUUGGACGUCAUGCCCUGAAAUGUGUAAAACCGUGCAGCUUUAGCGAAGCCAACCAGGCUCAGGGAAACGCCUCAGCCAGACAGUGAUGGCGACAGCUGUUACUGGCAAUCACCACAGUCGCCUUUUUUAUGUGAGGGAUUUGACUACCGGCACAUUAUUCCUGGUAGAUACAGGCGCCGAGGUCAGUGUUAUCCCCCCCUCACUAUCCAGGCGAUCAGCCAAAAUACCUGGAAAACUUUCAC